CGCCCUGGACACCGUUGCUAAGGAAUCCCGAGUUUCCGAGCUCGAGCGCUUCUCAGUGCUCAGACAUGGCGGCGGACCUGAACCCGGACUGGCUGUCGUGCCUGCCUUCCUCAUGGAGUUACGGCGUGACCCGGGACGGACGCGUGUUCUUUAUCAAUGAAGAAGCGAAGAGCACAACCUGGCUGCAUCCAGUCACGGGAGAAGCCGUCAUUACAGGGCACAGAAAAACUCCAGAUUUACCCACCGGAUGGGAGGAAGGAUAUACGUUCGAAGGAGCCCGUUGCUUUAUCAAUCACAAUGAGCGAAAGGUGACCUGCAAGCAUCCCGUCACAGGCGUUCCCUCGCAAGACAACUGCAUCUUUGUCGUCAACGAACACCUGAAUUGUGGGAAACUUGUCCAUCCUGUUUUAAACAGACCAGCGACCAAAGCACCAGAGGCCGAGAAGAAAGAACGUCCAACCAGCACCAUGAGCGAAGCGUCGAACUACACGGGCGGCUCAGACUACACCACACAUCCCAGCAGUCCCACAACCAGACCAUCCAGGUCCUCAAAGAAAGUCCACAACUUUGGGAAGAGGUCCAACUCAAUCAGGAGGAACCCCAAUGCUCCGGUGGUGAAAAACGGCUGGCUUUACAAACAGGACAGUACCGGGAUGAAGAUGUGGAAGAAGAGAUGGUUCGUGCUGUGUGACAUGUGCCUCUUCUACUACAGAGAUGAGAAAGAAGAAGGAAUCUUGGGAAGUAUCCUCCUGCCCAGCUUCCACAUUUCCAUGCUGUCCGUGGACGACCACAUAAGCAGGAAAUACGCCUUCAAGGCGACGCAUCCAAACAUGCGCACAUACUAUUUCAGCACCGACACAGCCAAAGAUAUGGAGUCCUGGAUGAAGGUUAUGACGGACGCGGCAAUGGUCCACACCGAGCCAAUCAGAAGGCUUGAGAAGGUAAAGGUUGACCCACGCAGCCCUCAGGAGAUGAACAACAUGCUGAAUCACCGAGUCCUGACCCGACCUGAGAUCCAAAACAAUGAGAGAAACCGCGAGACUCACCGCCAGGAGGAGAAGAAGCAGAAACCCGUGGACAAGCAGCCCUGCAUCCAAAAAGACAAAGAGAGCAGGAGUAGCGUGCAGAAAGAUGAAGAGCGAUACACCCUCCAGAGAGAGACAGACAACUACGCUCUGCACAAAGAAGCUCAGAGACUCGCUCUGCAGAAGGACGGCGACCGCUACAUGUUGCAGAAGGACGUGGAGAAAUACGUCCUCCAGAAAGACGGAGACAAAUUCGCCGUCCACAAAGAUGGAGAGAAGUACCUACUCCAGAAAGACGGGCAGAAGUACACACUACACAAGGACGGAGAUAAGUACACGCUUCAGAGGGACGCGCCACCUAAAGACGCCGAGAAGAUCCCACAGAAAGAUGGAAGGUAUUCUCUCACGCUCCCGAGGGAAGGAGAUAGGCAUAAAGACCCGGAGAAACCCGUCCCACCCCCUCGGGAGGGUGAGAAAUACGGUUUCCAGAAAGAGGGCACUGUGGAGCGACCGCUCACUAAGAUCAACAGCAUCAAACUCCAGCCGGCUCAAGCGGCGGCCAUCGCUUUGGCCGUCUCGUCCUCCAGGCAGAUCCAGAGCGCCGGAUCCGGACAGUACAUGCCGUCCCAGGUCAACGGUUCCGGGGAACGAGGAGGAGACCGAAGCCCCGGAGACAUGAGCAACACGAUGCCCCCGAGGACGCCGGUCCCGCCACAGCCGGCAGAACCCGAGAGAUCUCUGAGCAGAACCAGCUCCAUGCAGCAGCUGGAGCAGUGGGUCCGUACGCACCGCACACGGGCCCCGGACGAUGACACCCGGAGCAUAACAUCCUACCAAACGUUGCCAAGGAAUAUGCCGAGCCACCGGGCGCAGAUCGUGCCGCGUUAUCCCGAGGGUUACCGUACGCUCCCGCGCAACAUGCUUCGUCCGGACAGCAUCUGCAGCGUCACAGGGUCGAUGUACGACCGGGCGUUACAGCCCACCACGGCAGAGAAGCGGCGCUCCAUACGGGACGACACCAUGUGGCAGCUGUACGAGUGGCAGCAGAGGCAGUCUCACACCCGGAUCGGAUACGGGACGCUCCCCAGCCCUAAAACCAUGGGGCAGAUCACAGAGUCCAUCCCCACCUCCCCUUCCCACGGAUCACUGGCCGGUUACCACACCUUCUCCCCUAAUCGUCCUCUAAACCCAGAUUCCCGCUCGGAAGUCUCCUCGCCGGUGUUUCGUGGGGACGUGACUAUUGAACGCCGCCACCGACCGCACCUCUCUAAGUAUUCCUACCCUGCCGAGCGCAGGCCUGUUCCUCCCGCACAGAGCAUCACUGCACAGUCUCUGCAAGGCAAAACGCCAGAGGAACUGACUCUUCUGCUCAUCAAACUGAGGCGGCAGCAGGCCGAGCUCAACAGCCUCCGUGAGCACACGCUCGCGCAGCUAAUGCAGAUAAACCUCGAUGCCACCAACCCAAAGAGUGAAAUCCUUUCCCAUCACCUACAGAGGAAUCUCAUGUACUUGGACAGCCAGAUGAAGGAGAAUGAGCCAAUAAUCUUCAUGAUUCACACUAUGAUUGAGAACUCGGCGCCAAGGCCGCAACUGUACCAGCAACAGAUGAGUCCUGAAGAAUACAGAGAAAACACCUACUUGUACAAACCGGAGGAGCUGGACAUUGAUGCAAAGUUAAGUCGGCUUUGUGAGCAGGAUAAAGUAGUGAGAACUCAAGAAGAAAAACUCCAGCAACUUCACAGAGAAAAGCACACGCUGGAGACGGCGUUACUGUCAGCCAGUCAGGAGAUCGAGAUGAGCUGUGAAAAUCCAGCGUCGGUCCAGAGCGUGAUCCAGCAGAGAGAUGUUCUUCAGAGCGGCCUCCUCAGCACCUGCAGAGAGCUGUCACGAGUCAACUCUGAACUGGAGCGGAGCUGGAGAGAGUACGAUCGACUGGAGGCAGACGUCACUCUGGCUAAAACCAACCUCCUGGAGCAGCUCGAGGCCCUCGGGAGCCCACAGACGGAGCCGCCCAGCCAAAAGCACGUUCAGAUCCAGAAGGAGUUGUGGAGAAUUCAGGAUGUGAUGGAGGCUCUGAGCAAGAACAAACCCAAGAGAAACGCAGAACCCAGUUUUCCUGGCGCAAACCCCCUGUCAAACCUGCAUAAGAGUGAAGACGAGUGUGAGUCAGACUCCGUGCCUCCGCGUCCUCCUCUCCCGUACUCGUAUGAGGGGGGAGACCGGCCCCGUACCACCCCUCACCGGCCCGAGGACCGCAAGAACGCCCAGCGCAACGGUGCCCACAGCGGCCCGGAUUACAGACUGUAUAAGAGCGAGCCGGAGCUUACCACGGUAGCCGAGGUCGACGAGAGUAACGGCGAAGACAAAUCUGAGCAGACUGCAGAGAAAGAGCCGCCCGGCGUCACCAAAGGUAUCGUUUACCCUGUCGGAGUGGUCAGUCCGAGGACUAAAUCACCCAUGCCUGAAUCCUCCACCAUCGCCUCUUAUGUCACCUUGAGGAAGAGCAAGAAGCCUGACCCCAGAACAUCUUACCCGCAGGACCGUCCCCGCAGCGCAGUGGAGCACAUGAGCGGCGCUGUAGAGGUGGGCCGAACACGCAUGAGUGUCGAGGAGCAGAUGGAGCGAAUCAGACGACACCAGCAGGGGGCGCUACGUGAACGAAGAAGAGAAGACGGGUCACUGUCACGCAGCCUCUCCUUCACUAAAGACAACCCGUACUACACCCUACAGACGCGUAAGAAGAGCCCGGUGAUCUCUCCGGAUGAGCAGGACGAGCGCAGAGACCCGUCGCCUGAGGGUCGGGAGCGAGAGCGGACGGCUGGGAAACCCACGGAUGCGGAAGAGAACUGCAGGGAAACGCGGGAUGUGGAUUCCGGAUAUGCCAACUUGGAGAACAAGGAGAAACCGCCCGUGUCCCGAUCAGCAUCCAUUAAAGAGUCUCUUCUGAAGAGCGUGACGCUGAACGAGGGCGAGUCGGAGUUUGAAGCGAAGCGUUUGAGUCCGCUGGAGUUUCGCAGGAGUCUGGCCACACAGAACAGCUUGCAGACGGCCGUCAUGGUACGCGUGGGCACCGAGGAAGAGGAGGAUGAGGACGACGAGAAGCCCUCCAGUCAAGAGCAGGACGUGUCCUAUGAGCUGACCAAUAGCAAGCAUGGCACGCUGAUGUCAGUGAACAGUGUGUCGACUCCACCCCAAUCUCCAAGCUCCUCCUCCUCCCCCCCGCCUCCACCCUCCCCCCCACAGCUGACGGACGGAUCUCACUUCAUGUGUGUGUGAGAGGAGAGAUGGACGACAGCCCCUCCACCGUCAUCAGUGACCCGCAGCGUGUGAGGGGACGUCCCACAUCAUCAUCAUCAUCAUCAUCAUCAUCAUCAGCUGACCCACACGAACACAGCGACGUCCAGGCCUUAGUUCAACCCAUGGGGAAAGGAUUGACUUCUAGUGAUGAUUAUUUCUAUUGCUACUGUUGAGUUUUCUUCUGUUAGAUUGAGUGUAAUGUGUGAGCAGGUGCUAUUUUGAUGUAUCACAGCACCCAGACUCACUAAAAACAGGAAGUAGAGACCAUAAACACACGCUCACUUUCCUCAAGCUGCCGAGGUUCAUCGUUCGCUUGUUUUAUAUGGAUUUUAAUCAAUCGCUCCCGGUUUUACCUAGUGUUCUCGACGCGAUUUUAGUACUCAUAUCUUUUGCACUGUACGACACCCAUCGUUUCUUUUUUGAUAUCAGACGAUUUGUGUAUAAACGAUGUACAACUGUAAAGGUGCCGAUCGACAGGAUUUGUAAAUGAUCUGUAUGUUGGAUAGUUCGCAAUAGCCACCACACUGUUUCCCCGACACACUCAUGAAUGUUCCAGCUUACGUUUUAUUUUUCUAUGGCUGAGAUAUAUUUAAAUAGAGAGAAGAGUACAGAGUAUUACAGUUUAAAGAAGAGUAUUACAGAGUUUGGCUUUAGCACAUGAGAAGUGGCCGUUUUAAAAGAGUUGAAAAAAGCAAUAAGCAGGGUUUGGUGUUUCACUUUAAUGUAUAAACUGUAAAGUUCAUGAUGUAUAUACUGUACACCAUACAAUGUGCAGAGCGGAGAUGCAGAAGAGGUUAUGUAUCAGAGUCAAUAUGCAAAUGUUCAUAUUUCAUCUGUUUUAUAUCAUGUGAAAUAAAUGUUGAUGUUCUUAUA